UCAGUUCAACGGUAACGGAAAGUCAAUAAACAAUCGCAGGCGGGAACGCCGAUGGAAACGAGCUUCUUCAACAUCGUCUCUCUCGUCUCUACCUGUUUGCUCUUCGUUUCCUCUUCUGAGUCUCUACUCCCAACUACACCUUUUCUCGGAAUUCACCCUCAAGAGGAAAUUUAUUUCAAGUCAGAGGUGAUCAAGUGCAAGGACGGAUCCAAAUCCUUCACCAGGGACAGGCUCAAUGACGGUUUCUGCGACUGUAUCGAUGGAACUGACGAGCCAGGUACUUCAGCCUGUCCUGCGAGCAAAUUUUACUGCAGAAAUGUUGGAAACACUCCUCAGGUGUUGUUUUCUUCCCGAGUGAAUGACCAUUUUUGUGAUUGCUGUGAUGGCAGUGAUGAGUAUGACCAUGGUAUCAAUUGUCCAAACACAUGCUUCAAAGAUGGGAACACUUUGCAGAAGAAUGAUAACAACUUGGUAAGACCUCAUCUGGUUAGUGUUGAUGCAAGGGAAGCUAGUGGUAGAAUGAGCUUGGAGGAUCUGAUUCAGAAACUAAAAGAGUUGAAGAUAGUAGUGGUGGGAGAGGUGGUUCUUUUCAGCUGUGUGAUGGCUUUCCUACUUUUCCGGCGGCGUAUCAAGUCUGGAAGAAGAAGAAGAAGACAUCGUUGAAGGAAUCCAUCUGUGAUCUCUUUCAACUCUUUUACUUUUACCUUGUAAUUACACUACCCAAUUUUCAUAUUGUAAAUUAUUCUCAUCAGCUAAGGAUCUUGUAAAGGUGAUAUCUUUCGCAAUUGAGUUUUCCCAUGAAAGUGACUCAGAUUGAACUACAUAGAUUGGCAUACAGCAGUUAAAGUAACUUUUGCAAAAAUGAUCUACAGCUGAGAAUUCUAGAUCCUCCAAG